AUGGACAGAGAAUACAACAUCAACAAACUGUCUAAAGAUAGCACAGAAAAAACUACAUUGAUAAAGUACAACACAUCACCAUGGAUACCACGGUGUGUCUAUAGUUCCCGCUCCACCGAAGACCUACUCGUCGGAUUUUUGAACACUAAUACGUGUAGAGAAGGUAAGGUAUUGCGGUAUAACUCCUCGGGAAAACACAUCCAGACCAUACAGUUCCACAACAAGACUGGUCAGAGACUGUAUGAUUCGCCUGAAUACAUCACGGAAAAUCGAAAUGGAGAUGUUAUCGUGUCUGAUUUUGGAGAUCUUGCUGUAGUGGUGACAGAUCGUCGAGGAGGAUUUCGUUUCUCUUGCAAAGAAAGUCCUAAAGGAUCAAAACUAUGCCCAUGGGGAAUCUGCACAGACGCGCUGUCCAACAUUUUGGUUUGUGACAUUUACAGUAGCACAAUCCAUAUAUUUGACAAACAUGGUCACUUUCUGGCACAUUUACCGACAUUAGACGGGAUAGAAAGACCACUGGACCUAAAUUAUGAUGAUAAUACCCACACAAUUUGGGUUGGGUCAUUCAACAAUAACACAGUUAAUAUAUACAGAGUCAUAUGUGGAAACUUUCCAACUGAGGAUAUGCAGUGUACGAAUCAUCCAACCAAACCAUCUGAAAAGUAUUGUGCGGACUGUGAUCUUUCUUUAUGUGAGUACUGUAUUGAUUCCAAGGAACACAGCGGGCAUGAAAUUACAGAAAUUCACAGAAAAGGAGGUGCCAUGCACUCAUGGUGA